AUGCCCGUCGACUUUAAGGACUUAAUCCCGAAAAACCGCGACUUACUAGAGAAAAGCACAAUCCACCUCGGAAGAACAGCUGCGGCAAAGGACGCUGGCGAGAAGGUGAGCCCGCGGGCCGACCAGAAAAGCACAAUCCUGCAGAUUCCGCUGGAGUCCGAGCUGGAGAUGGAGCUCGCAAAGGUCCGCUACACGCAAGAGGAAAUAGAAAGAAUCAAGCAGGAAAGAGCAAGAAAGAUAAAAAUGGCCUACCAGUCAAAAGCAAACGCAUGGUCCAAAAAAAUAAAGAGCAGAGCAUACAGAAAGGCUAAGAGAGAGGAAAAGCAGAGGAAAGUGGCUGAAAAAAUAAAAAUCCAGCUGGCAGUUGGAUCAGACUGCGACGAGUUUGAAGCGCAGGAAGUUCACCCAAAAGAGGCGGACGCUGAAAUAAAGACGGCAGAGGAGAAGGCAUACGACUUCCUCAGAAAUACAGUAAACCCGGAGCCAGUUCAGAUAAUCAACACCCACACCGGAGACGCCAGAAAAGGACACGGAAUAGAAAGCAUCUUGGAGGUGGACGACGCAGAGUUCGCUGCCGAAAAGAAGGCAGCCGCAGAAGAAGACAGGCCCUGGGAAAGAGAGGAAGUCCUUGUCGGGUGGAACACCUGGGGAGGCCUCUCCGUAGAGCCGGUAAAGAACUCCUCAAACACAAAAAAAGUCUCUAGAACGGGAGUGGAAAUCCGAAAAAGAAAAGACUUUGAAGCCUCCCACGUCAUCUACAACGAGAAGGCGCACACCACCAGAAACCCAAAAUACGCGAUAAACCAGCUUCCGUACGGGUACGAGACCAUGGAAGAGUACAACACCCUCAUGGACCUGCCGGUCAGCGCCUGCCACCAGCCCACAAUCAUUCUGAACAGGCUUAUUAAAGCAGAAAAAGAAAAGAGAAAGCAUCUAUAA